AAACUAGCAUAUCUACGUCAUAAACUAUUUCUGGAUGCGAGGCUCACCCAACAUAAUUUAACAUAUUCUCCCCACACUUUUCCAUAAUACUUCAUACUAUAGCCAUACUUCAUUCGCAUACGAGACACGAAAAACCCCAUUCUUAAUGCACAUAUAUGCAAGGCGAUACAUAGAAUAGCUGUCUUCUCCUGAAAACACAGCCAAUUAUUCGACAACAACUCAAAGAUGGCGGAUCUCCGCCACAACACAGAUGGUCCAUCACCACUUUCCGCAGAAGGCUACGAUGAAUCGCUCCUUCCCGAUUUCCACCGUGAAUUCAUUUCUGAAGAACACCUCCAAGAAUUUGCCAAUGCGCUGAGCGCACCAGAUCCAACUCCUAGUUCAGAUGAUCUGUCAGUAUAUUCGCAAGCUCAGAGCCCGAGAGAACCAUCCACACCACAUCGCAGCAGUAUAGAUAUACGGAGAAAUAGCAAAGUUACACUUGGGAGUGGGUCAAAUACACCAGGGAUAGGGAAGUUUGUUUAUUACUGCCCAGAAUGAUUGGGCUCCGGUGAAUCCUACGAGGUUAGGCGGGAGGGGGAAAAGGAAAGGAGAGAAGAGGAAGGCGGGUAGAAAAUCGAGAAGAAGUAAAGACGAGACGAGAGAAGGAUAUCUUUAUUCGAUUUUGAAAUGGCCAUUACUGGGAGUGGUUUUUAUGUGGAUUGGGGGGCUAGGAUUAUCAUAUUUGGUGACGAGAUUGUAUAUUUGGACAUAUGAGCAUUUCAUUGCGGUAAGUGGUUUUGUGACUCGAGUGCUUAUGCAGAGAUAGAGAAAUGUUGUGGGAUGGCGGCAUUUUAUCUCGAGUUUUGGGCCUUUACUUACAAAUUCAUGUACUAAUUACCCAGUUUUACAGUGGAGGGGCAAACGAAAUCAAUUGCGAAAACGACUGCACAGCACCACGAACUACGGCGAUUGGGUCAAAGAAGCACAAGAACUGGAUACAUAUCUAGGAAAUGAUAAGUGGAAAGCUGAGGCUGAAUACGCAUACUAUGAUUCCAAGACAGUACGGAGAGUUUUGGAACAGAUUCGAAAGUGCAGACGGAGAAUUGAACAAGAGGAUGGAGCAGGAAAGUCAUCUAACGGAAGUGCUGCGACAAAAGCCAAAGCAGUUGAGGAACUGAAAGCAUUAAUCGAGGCAUGCGUAAAGAAUAAUUUUGUGGGAGUAGAAAAUUCAAGAUUAUACUCUCAAACUUAUUACGGAACGAAGAAUUUGGUACAGAAUUUCGUUGAUGAAGGUAGAUUGAAGUUUUGCGCCCCUUCAUCAAAAAAUCAACUGACGAAACGAUUUAGUCGAGAGAGGUGUUUCAAUUCUGGCAAAAUCUGAUCUACUCCAAGAUGAAGAAAAGCGUACACUCUUCAAACGGAUGCACACAAAUUAUGGUCGCACGGCACUUUGUCUGUCUGGCGGGGCAUCUUUUGCUUACUACCAUUUUGGAGUUAUUAAAGCAUUGUUAGAUGCGAACCUUUUGCCGGAAGUGAUAACAGGAACUUCAGGGGGUGCUCUGGUAGCUGCUUUAGUCGCCACAAGAACCAACGAUGAAUUAAAGGCGUUGCUUGUCCCCGCUCUAGCUGGUCGAAUCAAUGCCUGCUCGGAACCAUUCACUACUUGGGUGCCUAGAUGGUGGAAAUCAGGAGCUAGAUUCGACUCUGUAGAAUGGGCUCGACGAUGCAGUUGGUUUACGCGAGGUAGCAUGACUUUCCGUGAAGCAUACGAACGAACUGGACGAAUUCUUAAUGUGUCAUGCGUUCCUGCUGAUCCUCAUAGUCCUACCAUAUUGACCAAUUAUCUGACAAGUCCUGACUGUGUUAUAUGGUCAGCAGUUCUAGCUUCAGCAGCUGUUCCUGGCAUUUUGAACCCGGUAGUUCUUAUGAUGAAGCAACGAGAUGGUACUCUUGCACCAUACUCAUUUGGUCACAAAUGGAAAGACGGGAGUUUGCGGACCGAUAUUCCCCUCAAAGCACUAAACCUACAUUUCAAUGUCAACUUUAGCAUCGUUUCUCAGGUUAAUCCUCACAUUAAUCUAUUUUUCUUCUCUUCACGGGGUUCGGUCGGUCAACCAGUCACUCAUAGACGUGGUAGAGGUUGGAGAGGUGGAUUCCUUGGAAGUGCCACUGAACAAUAUCUCAAACUCGAUCUCAAGAAAUGGCUGAAAGUAGUACGCCACCUUGAAUUACUACCACGCCCUUUGGGUCAAGAUUGGAGUGAAAUAUGGCUUCAGCAAUUCUCGGGAAAUAUUACAAUCUGGCCACGAUCCAUCAUCUCGGACUUUUGGCGUAUCCUUAGUGAUCCGAAUCCAAAGCAACUGGGCAGGAUGCUCCACGUUGGUCAGCAAAGUGUAUUCCCAAAACUAAUGUUUAUUGCCAAUCGACUAAAGGUCGAAAGAAAUAUUGAGUCUGGAAGAAGAGCAACUCGACAGAAUGUGAGAAGAGGUAGUAUCGAGAGUAUUUUGAGUGAAGAUGAUUUGAAAGAUUUACUUGUACGAAGUGGUACAGCCAGCGAGGCCGAAGGGGAGACGGCUACACAAUCAGACGAUGAACUAACGGAUAGUGUGGUGACAUCUGAAGAUGAAUUUGACGGACUCAAUUUGAAGAUGAGUGAGAAGGUACCGCUGAUUAAUGGGGAUAAGGAAGAGUAAUAUUGUGUUUUGGAAGCGAGUUUAUGAAGGACAUAGAUUGGUAUUCAGGGUUUAUAUUGAAGCGUCAGACAAAGGGCAUAGUUAGGAUACAAGGGUUAGAUACACAAAUCAUAUAAUAUCGAUUUCAAUUCCGGAAUAGUUUCUGGCAUA